AUGGGAGAGGAGAACACAGGCUCUCUACAGAACGAUUCACCGUUUCCUAGAUCAAGCCUAAACCUUACAGAAAUACCAGAGGAUCAAGUUCCAGAUUAUUCCACAGAAACAACUCGACAAAUUUUAUCUCGACUUGGCCCAUACAAUCCUCCUCCUGCACCUGAAGAUUUAGCCUCAAGAAUAAAGCUUGGUCCUGUUCAAGUCGAGAACCGUGCAAUUUAUAUUGGAGAAUGAAACCAAAAACAGCAGAAAUGCGGCUUUGGUAUCCAAAUUUCUGCAGAUGGAGCUCGAUAUGAAGGCUAUUGAAAGGAAGACAAAGCCCAUGGACAAGGAAGACUAAUAUACGCUGAUGGCGAUAUAUAUGAAGGCGAGUGAAAAGAAAAUAAAAUGCAAGGAGAAGGCACUUAUUGGAGAACAGAUGGCUCUAGAUACAAAGGAACGUUUGAAGAUGGCCUUGAGCAUGGAUAUGGGUUAGAGGCUUACCCUGAUGGCGGACUUUAUGAAGGCGAAUAUUUGAAUGGGAAAAAGAACGGCAAAGGAAAAUUUAUAUGGCCUGAUGGGAGUGUAUAUGAAGGAGAGCUUCUUGAUAAUAAUAUUCAUGGAAUUGGGACAUAUACUUGGGCUGAUGGAAGAAAAUAUGUUGGGGAGUGAGCGUUUAAUAAGAAAAAUGGAGCAGGGACUUUCACUACAAGCGAUGGAAGCAUUUACAUAGGAGAUCAUAAAGACGACAAAAGGCAUGGCCAUGGAAUGCUGGUUUGGCCAGAUGGCAGCACUUACGAAGGUAGCUGAGUAAACGGAAAGCAGGAUGGGCUUGGAUUCUUCACAACAACUGCUGGAAAGAGAAAAGAAGGAGAAUGGAGUGACGGAAAGCGAAUAAGAUGGAUAGAAGAUGCAAAACAUAAAUAG